GUGGCAAACGUCAGACGAUGUCGAUGUCGGAGUUUGUGUAACAAAAAUAAUUAAUAUCUCGGAGUUUUGUGAUAAUAUUAUGUGAAUAAUGAGAUGAAAGUGUGAAUAAAUGUUAGAAUAGUGUCUGUUAGUGAUUAUGGCGCAUAGUGGUGGUGUGUUGAGCUCGGAUAUAUCGCGUCGGAACCCGCAAGAUGAGUACGAGCUCAUUCAAAGGAUUGGUUCGGGCACCUAUGGGGACGUUUACAAGGCGAAACGUCUCAACGGGAACGGGGAGCUUGCCGCCAUCAAGGUGAUCAAGCUGGAGCCGGGUGAUGACUUCGCCAUCAUCCAGCAGGAGAUCCUGAUGAUGAAGGACUGCAGGCACCCGAACAUCGUGGCUUACUACGGCUCCUAUCUUAGGAGAGACAAGUUAUGGAUCUCUAUGGAGUACUGUGGAGGAGGCAGUCUGCAGGACAUCUACCACGUGACGGGUCCGCUGACCGAGCUGCAGAUAGCCUACAUGUGUCGCGAGACUCUUAUGGGGCUAUCCUAUCUGCAUAGUAUGGGCAAGAUGCAUCGGGACAUAAAAGGCGCGAACAUCUUGCUAACGGAAUGCGGGGACGUCAAGCUGGCUGAUUUCGGGGUCUCGGCUCAGAUCACUGCCACCAUCAAUAAGCGGAAGUCUUUCAUCGGGACUCCAUAUUGGAUGGCACCAGAGGUGGCAGCAGUGGAAAGAAAGGGCGGCUACAAUCAGCUCUGUGACAUCUGGGCUUGCGGUAUCACCGCCAUAGAACUAGCAGAGUUGCAACCUCCCAUGUUCGAGCUACAUCCUAUGAGGGUCCUCUUCUUGAUGUCUAAGUCGGGCUUCAAGCCGCCGCAACUGAAGGAGCGUGAGCGCUGGUCGCAACUCUUCCACGCAUUCCUUAAAUUGGCGCUCACUAAGAACCCGAAGAAGAGGCCCACAGCUGACAAACUACUACAGCACUCGUUCUUCCAACAAGAUAUGAACAAGCGGCUCGCCAUAGAAUUAUUACAAAAGUACUCGAAUCCACCAAGUGUGUGUACCAACUCCGAAAUGGAUGACGAAGGGGCUGUAUCGAACGUGCCACAGCGCAUCGCGUCCAAACACACGGGUCGCGGGCGCCGCGUGCUGGAACAGUCUCCGGGCGCCGCGCGAGCAAGGCCUAGGUCUUUGCUCACGGACCACGUUGUACCCACCAGGGAUCUGUCUAGUGGUCGCGUUCGUAUGGAAGAAGAGAGAGCAGCACGUAGGGCAGGCUACGAUGAUUCUCCCAUCAUAGACCUAGAUGCUGACGAGGACCUAGGUCACGGGGCAGCGCGAGCGAGGUUAUUGAACUUUACUGAUGAGCCGGAGCGCGCUGAUACUGUCAAACGAGUUUCAGUUCACCACAGACAGUCCAGCGAGGAUUGGAGCGUGAAGUCCCUAAUGACCUGCCCGAAACACAACCCCCUAACCCCAGAAAUGGCCAACGACACGAUGCCCAACAGCGAAAACAAGUGGUGUCGGGCAAUAACGGGUGAUGAUAUUAUGAGAAUGAGUCUGAGGAGCCUCUUGCAAUAUAUAGACGAAGAAUUAAUGCUCAGGGCGACCCUGCCAAUGACGGCCGACACCGCAGCGAUGUCCCAAGCGGCCGGCUUAUCUGUCCACGACCAGCAUCUCUCUCAAUGUAUCCAGUUAAAGCAAAAUUUCUUAAACAACUCUACUACAAAUAUUUAUCAGAACUUAGCUUCGAACUACCAAACACCUAUAAACGCCUCUAGAGUCUCCAUAGACGACCCGUUAUGCAGAAGAAUGGGAGAAACAGAUAUAAUGUUUGCCGACCAACCUGGCAGCGAAUCCAUAGUAGAAUCUCCUCAGAUAAGAAAUAGCAACUGCGAAUGUGGUCUAUGCCCGAAACCGGAACUUAGAGACAACAACACUUUGAGCGAUUUACAAAGAUCCGUCGCGUCUAAAUGCUCUUGCGACGCUUGUAAUUCUAAUGCUGACAUCUUAAGCUAUUACAGAAACUGCUCAAAUCAGAAUUCUGACUCUGGUAUAGUUUAUUGUGAAACCUGUAAGAAGCAAAAGAUUUCUAUAUCAAAUUUUAAAGCUUUACAAAUAGCGAACAGACUUCAAAUAGCGGAUAAAGUUGAAAACGGUUCGACGUCAGACGAUGACUUAUGUCGGAAAAUCGAUAUAAGCAUGACGAAUGACACUCACCCAAGUGUGGAGAGGCCGCCCGUGCCGCCGCGCCGGGCGCGCGCGCGCCGCGCGCACACGCCGCCGCGCCCCGCGCCCAACGGCCUGCCGCCCACGCCUAAAGUGCACAUGGGCGCUUGCUUCUCCAAGGUAUUCAACGGUUGUCCGCUUCGGAUAAACUGCACUGCGUCAUGGAUCAACCCGGACACUAGAGACCAACACAUACUCAUCGGUGCGGAGGAAGGCAUAUACACACUGAACCUCAACGAACUUCACGAAACCGCGAUGGAUCAGCUGUGUCCGCGACGAACAAUAUGGCUACACGUCAUACAAGACGUACUAAUGUCGCUGUCAGGAAAAACGCCAUCUCUAUACCGGCACGAAUUGCUAGCUCUAAUUGGUGCGCGCGGCAACAAAUCUCUACGAGUGUUACCACCUCGUCUUCUUCCAAGACGGUUUUCGCUCACCACGCGCGUUCCCGAUACUAGAGGUUGUAUCCGCUGUGCCGUGGCCCGUAACCCGUACAACGGAUAUAAAUACCUCUGCGGGGCGACUCCCCACGGUCUCUUCUUGAUGCAAUGGUACGAUCCGCUGCACAAGUUCAUGCUGCUCAAGAACAUAGACUGCGUGCUUCCAACCCCUCUCCUGGUGUUUGAGCUGAUCAUAACUCCAGAAUUGGAGUCUCCGUUAGUAUGCGUGGGCGCCACCCGCCGCCCGCUCCGAUUAUGCCUGUUAAACAUUAACUCAGGUGCAACCUGGUUCCAUUCGGACGAGCUGAAUAUCUGCGGCGGCAGCAACACGGUCGUACCGCGCGGGGAGAGACUGCACACACUACGGGCUGUCCACCAGAUUGAUAAGGACACGGUGUUGGUGUGUCACGAGAACGUGGUGGACAUAAUUCCCGUGUUACCUCCCGCGCUGGACUCGCGGCGAGAGGACGAGAAACGAAAGAAUAAACUCCUGCCGAGGAUAGAGUUCGAUUUCAACAUCGAUAGCAUAUUGUGUCUAGCCGACUCAGUGCUGGCGUUCCACCGGCACGGAGUUCAAGGCCGGUCGCUGCGGCACGCGGACGUCACGCAGGAAAUCACGGACGAGAGCCGCGCGUACCGUCUGCGGGGGAGCGACAAGGUGGUGGUGCUAGAAUCGCACCUGCUCCAAAGCAGCACGCUGUCUGGCGAUGACGGCAAUGAUCUCUACAUACUGGCGGGGCAUGAGGCCUCAUACUAGACAUACAUACAUCCUUGAACGGGUGACUAACACUUACGGAAAAAAUAUACAUACAUACAAUACUGACAGGUACUUGAACUUCAUAUGAUACGAAACAUAUAUGUAAGGACGAGUUCACAAACAUCUUUACAAGCCAAAAUGCCGAAAUAUAUUGGUCCCUUCGGUCGUGUUUUAAUUUAUCGCCACUCGUUUCGAACUUCAUUUUUUACGCACUUGUAUCGUAAUGUACUAUGUUGACUGUACCUAUUAACGUACAUGAUGAUAAUCGAUGGAGUCGUCACUUUGCGGAAAUCCAUGUUUAUAUAAAUCUAGAAGAUUACUAAUCCGCGAAUUAAAAACUACUAAACAUUUGGCAUUAUGAUAUCUUAGGCCCUAUUU